GAAUAUAGAGAAUACAGGAAAAAUAUUGUAAAAGAACAUUUUAAAAGUAAAAGCAUGACUUUUGCCCAAAUGUAAAGUAAAUAUGUGCGAAAUGCUUAAUGGUAUUUAAGGAGGGAAACAGUGUAGUGUGAAAAUCAAAGGAAAAUGCAAAUAUUUCAUAAAUAUGCAAAUUGGACAGUUAAAAUGAAUUUGAAAACUGGGACCAAACUAGGUGAUAUUCAAUGAGCAAAACACAGGAUGUACAUGUAUGAGAUGUCAUAAUGAAACUCAUUAUUCUGUGCAAUUAUAUGCUCAUCAUAUGUAAACCUUUAAAAAGGAAACUUAAACAUGUGCGUUGUAAACAUUGUAUUCUGUCAAACUGGCUUAUUUAAACUGUACCCUAAAUCAAUGACAUCAGGGAUCACUGGUUGGCUCCUAACUUUGCCAAUACAGAUUUUGAAGCUUUUAUUUUUUUUACUAAUCAAGGAGAAUAAGGUGCUUCUUCUAAUUGCAUUUCUUUGAUUACAAGUUUGUCUUUUUUCUUGAAGAAAAAGCUAUUUGGCAUUCUUUGGGCAAUAAUCAAGCAUAUUCCAUCCCUUUGCAUUUAUCUGAAAGCUUCAUUUCAGAAUAAAUAAAACCAUGGCUUUUCCGAAAUACGUUAUAGGUCUGCCAAGUCCUGAACUUAACAAUCAUCGAGUUAUCCACACUCUGGCUUAUCUCAUCCACACUCUUAUCCACACUCUUGCUUUCUUGGGAGUCGAACUUUAUGCGGAGCGUGGAGUCGUUAUUAAACAAAUCUAGCAAGGUUUCCGUAGUGCAACUGUUUGGAUACAAAUACACUCCGAGCCUGGAAACUGCGGUGCACACCGCUCCUGUGCAUCCUGAGCGGACCACCCUACCGUGAGUGGCUGCGAGUGGCAGAGCAAAACUUUCCAGGGACACUGGUCACCAGCUGGAAGUGGAGGAAGACUUAAGUCGGCAGGGCCCACGGGCAGAGUCAGGAGGCUAGGGGUCGGGUGUGUGAGUGUGGAGGGGGCGGUGAAACUUUCUGAACAGAGAUGGAUUGGGAAGCAAGGAAGGUGCACAGCCAGGCGACAGGUGAGGUUACACCUGAGGCUCGCCCCCUUCGCCCCGCCCACAAGAGCGUGGGCGGCGCCACGGAGCCAGGGCGGGGCGACCUUUGCUCGAUCCCUAAACCAUUCGAGCGGGCGGGGCGAAGCAGCCUGGCCGGGGUGGGGUGUCCGGGUCCUCAGAGUCCGAGGUCGCCUCUUGCCAGGUGGCCCUGCCGCUCCUGCUCCUCCCAUGGGGUAGGGUUUGGCCGCGGGGGCCGCACCUGGGCGCGCGGUUUCGGUCUGACCGGACUCGGAGCCAGUUUCGAUUAGGGACAGCGGCUGGGCGAGAGGGCGGAGCGGUCGGGACGCCGGAGAGGAGGGGACUCAGUGCGAGAGGCUCAGUGGGGUCAGUCCCGCGCGCGGGGGACAAAGAGUGUCCAGAGAGCGCAGUGAGCAUCACUGCUACCCCAGCUCGGCAGCCUCGCAGACUUGGGGACCCUGGGUCCGGGGUGCGCUGCUGAGCAGGCCCGGGGGCUGGGGACCCGCGAAGCGACGAAAGGAUGCGGACGCCGGUGGUGAUGACUCUGGGCAUGGUGUUCACGCCCUGCGGGCUGCUGCUCAAUCUCAUCAGUACGCUGACCCCGGGCUGGCGGCAGCUGAAGGGCUUUCUGGACCAGCCAGUGGACGUGGUGCUGUACCAGGGUCUGUGGGACAUAUGUCGCGAACAGAGCAGCCGCGAGCGCCAGUGCGGCCAGGCCGACGAAUGGAACUACUUCCAAACCCAGCCUGUGCAGGGGGCCCGGGGACUCAUGAUCACGUCACUGGCCAUCACCGCCCUGGGGCUGCUGCUGGCGUCGCUCGGCGUGCGCUGCUGGCAAGAUGAGCCCCACUUCGGGCUAGCGGGCCUCUCGGGCAUCGUGCUUUUCGUCGCCGGCCUCUUCAGCCUCGUCCCAGUCUCCUGGUACAACCACUUCUUGGGGGACCGUAACGUCCUGCCCGCCCCGGACAGCCCGGUCACCCUGCAAGUCAGCUAUAGCCUGGUGCUGGGCUACCUCGGUAGUUGCUUGCUGCUGCUGGGCGGCUUUUCGCUGGCGCUCAGCUUUGCGCCCUGGUGCGAAGAGCGCUGUCGCCGCUGUCGCAAGGCGCCCCCCGCAGGCCCGCGCCGCAGCAGCAUCAGCACCGUCUAUGUGGACUGGCCGGAGCCCGCGCUCACACCGGCCAUCAAGUACUACAGCGGGGGCCAGCAUCGGCCUCCUCCCGCCGCCGAGGAGCACCGGGCCACCAGCAAGCUCAAGGUCGGGUUCCCGAUGCCACGGCCGCCGCCCAAGGCCUACACCAACCCGGUGGAUGUGCUUGAAGGAGAAGAGAAGACCGCCUCCUCCCAAGGCGGUUCCUCCUCUCGCAGCACUCGGCCCUGCCACAAUUCGCUGCCCUGUGACUCCGACCUGUAGACACAGCUCACCCACCGUCUACCUGAGCUGCGCCUGGGGUCUGGAGGUGAUUUGAGUUUGUGCGUUGCCAUGAUGUCUGCAACCAGAACCCUGAACACCUUACCGUUUGGAGGGCAACACUUCCUUUCCGGGGGUCAAACUCCUCCCCAGAUACUAGGCUGGGUUCGUUUACACUGAAGGAGUUUCACUUUUCUCCCGAGGGAUCAGGUCUUCUUAUGCAGGGACAAGAGUGGGUGACAUUUUGCAUACUGUUAAUCGCAGUAGCAACCACAACAAAACCGCAACCAGCCAACAGGCUUUAAAAUGGUAUACCACCUUGAAAGUACAGUAUUCUAAGUUACCCGUGAGUCUUCAUAAACGUCACUGUUGAGGUGGUUUGGCUUUUUUUGUUUGUUUGUUUGUUUUCUUCUCCGUCCCUGCUUCAGUUUCCAGAGAGCUCAAAGGGCCAAAAAUAUGUCUGUCUGACUGUGUUUGAAAGAUGUUCUAUGAAGCCAGCGGUUUUAAUGGCUUUUGUGAAGUGAAGUAACUUGUUCAAUUCAUAUUUAUAUUUCUUUGUGCCUACGUAGUAUUUUUCUUUUCUAAUCCCUUAUUUCUGUGUGGGAGGUUGAGCUUAUUCAAAAGAUUGUCUUCCAGAAGCCAGAAGAAUGAAGAACUUGACACUACACUAUUCUGUUUGUUCCUGGAUACCUCACCCCGGACAGAGAUAUAUUUUAUACA